UAGCGGCUGAGUGACAUAACGCACACUGUGGAAGAAAACAUGGCGGCUAUCAGACCUCUAGCCAGACUCUCCAGACUGGGCUCUAACAUCUGCAGAAACAGCUAUUUAUUAUGUCACAGAAACUCACAGAGACGAGGGAUAGCUUCGUGUAUCGACCCUGCUUAUGGACUCACAGACGAGCAGAAGGAGUUUCAGAAAGUGGCCUUUGACUUUGCAGCCAAUGAAAUGGCUCCACACAUGGCAGAGUGGGACCAAAAGGAAAUCUUCCCAGUGGAGACGAUGCGGAAAGCAGCCCAGUUGGGGUUUGGCGGGAUCUACACUCAGACAGAUGUUGGCGGAUCGGGCCUUUCUCGUCUGGACACGUCCAUCAUCUUUGAGGCCUUGUCCACAGGAUGUGUGAGCACCACAGCCUACAUCAGUAUCCACAACAUGUGUUCCUGGAUGAUCGACACGUUUGGCAACAACGAGCAGAGGGAAAAGUUCUGUCCUGAUCUCUGCACCAUGGAAAAGUUUGCGUCCUAUUGUCUCACUGAACCAGGUAGUGGCAGUGACGCUGCUUCACUUCUGACCACUGCACAGCUGAAAGGCGACCAUUACAUCUUGAACGGCUCUAAGGCCUUCAUCAGUGGCGGAGGAGACACAGACGUCUAUGUUGUGAUGUGCAGAACUGGCGGUAAAGGAGCUAAAGGCAUCUCGUGUUUGGUGGUGGAGAAAGGAACGCCAGGUCUCAGUUUUGGCAAAAAAGAAAAGAAGGUCGGCUGGAACUCCCAACCAACCAGGGCGGUGAUAUUUGAGGACUGUGCGGUCCCGGUGAGCAACCGGCUCGGAGAGGAAGGGCAGGGCUUCAACAUCGCUAUGAAAGGCCUGAACGGUGGCAGGAUUAAUAUUGCUUCCUGUUCUCUCGGGGCGGCGCACGCCUCCGUGCAGCUCGCCAGGGAUCACCUGCUGGUACGGAAGCAAUUUGGAGAAACUCUCUCCAACAACCAGUUUCUUCAGUUCAGACUGGCAGAAAUGGCCACCAAGCUGGUCACGUCCCGUCUUCUGGUGCGCGAGGCUGCGAAGGCGUUGCAAGAGAACCGACCUGAAGCCGUGUCCCUCUGCUCCAUGGCCAAGCUCUUCGUCACAGACGAGUGCUUUGAUAUCUGCAACCAGGCUCUGCAGAUGCACGGCGGGUACGGUUACCUCAAAGACUACGCGGUGCAGCAGUUUGUACGGGACAUCAGAGUCCAUCAGAUCCUGGAGGGAACCAACGAGGUGAUGAGGAUGAUCAUUUCCCGAAAUCUACUGACAGAGUCGUGAUAAAUCUGUUCCCCCGGAUCUCCGGCUGAUCACGUUAUCAUGGUUUUCCGUGUCUGGUUUGUUACUGAAUCACUGGUCUUGAAUUUGAAGAUAGGUUUUCAAAAAAUGUGCAAAAAGUCAUUAGAAGAUUCCUUUUUCUUUCUAGUAUAAUAUUGGAAUAGUUGUUUCAUUUUUGGCCACAAUGAGUAUUUCUGGAAAUCCCUUGGAUUUUCAUGUAGCACCACCUGCAACACUACAAAAAAAAGUAAUGACAGAAUUCCCUUUUAUAAUUUAACAUCAGCGUUACAACAGCAUGCCAGCAUUAGCGUUGAGCUCGUAAGCACAACUUGGGUAAACAUUUUAUUUAUGAACUUCUACCAAAAGUCUCAUCAUUCUGAAUUAAUAAUGAUAAAGUUUUGGUGCUGAACAUAAUGAAAGAAACCUUUUCUCUGUCUAAACCUCUGGUAGUGUUCAGAAUUUAAAUAUUACAUCCAAGUUGUCUUUGUGAUUUUUCUUCCAGAAAAUGUGGCUCCUGUGAAGCUGCUACUGUGAAUAUAGUUUUAUUUUAAUAAAAGGCUGCUCUGUACGACGGUUUUACUUAAUGUGUGAAAAGAGGUUUUGAUUUUUUCUGGAUUAUUUUGACCAAAAUGGUCGUUCUGUAUCCCCCCCGGUAUCCCUGUCCUCAAAGUGGCCUUUCAGAACCUAUUUGUAUUCACGUUUACGGCAUCGUUACUGUGUUUUGUGUUGUGUAGCUGCUCUUCAAAUGUCACACUCCAAAUAAAAUGAUCUCAACUUUCCUGAAAGGA